CGCCGCGCGGAGCGAGCCGAGCGCCAGAGCGAAGCGCUGUCCCUUCAGCACCGCCCCGGCCGCCGCCGCCGCAGUCAUCGUCGUCGUCAUAAUUAAAAAAUUAACCCCAAUAAAAAAAAAUAUAUAUAUAUAUAAAUCCCCCCUGCUCCGUGCCGCCCCGUCGCAGCGCCCGGCCGAGCCGCCAGCAGUGACCGCGUGGUUUGCAGUCUGGACAGCAAGGUCCAAGAAUGGUGAAGCUGGGGAGUAAUUUGAACGACAAGAACAACAAACAACCAUCCAGUGAAGAUGGGUUUCAGACAGUUCCUCUGAUCACACCUUUGGAAGUAAAUCACCUGCAGUUCCCCGCGCCAGAAAAGGUAAUUGUGAAAACAAGAACAGAAUAUCAGCCCGACCAGAAGAACAAAGGAAAACUCAGAGUGCCCAAAAUUGCUGAAUUCACAGUCAGUUUCACUGAUGGUGUAACAGAAAGGCUAAAGGUCACUAUUCUCAUAAGUCUGGCUCUUGCAUUCCUUGCCUGCAUAGUGUUUCUUGUGGUAUACAAAGCCUUUACUUACGACCACAGUUGCCCAGAUGGAUUUGUUUAUAAGCAUAAGCGGUGCAUUCCGGCCUCCCUGGACGCAUACUACUCAGCACAGGAUUCAAACUCCCGGGGCAGAUUCUACACUGUCAUCAGCCACUACAGCAUGGCUAAGCAAACCAGCUCCCGGUCUGUAUCACCCUGGCUUUCGUCAGGAUCGGUAAACCACGAAGCCAAGGCUGCCAAGACAGAAGGUCAUUAAAGUUAAUGAGUGGUGAUGGGAAAGUGGGAGGGUGGGGAAAAAACACCAUGUCUAUACUGCAUUGCUCCAGUUAAGAGAGGGCGCUGUGCUCACAGCAUGACAAGAAUAAAUAAAACCCAAGUGCAGGAGUCAUCUUAAUGGAUAUUUCUUUUCGUGCAUUGUUCUCGUUGAUUUGUAACCGAGUCGAGCUCUUGUACAAAGGCAUGUUUGAUGUUGACUGUACCUUACGAUGUAAAAAUAUUUUUAAAUCAUUGCUUAACUAUUUGUUAGAAAAAGAAAUUAAAAAACAAAAAAAGCAAAUUAGAUAAACAGCCAGAGAGGAAAAAAGCAACAAAGAGAAUCCCACAAAGUUGUAUUAUUGCUGGAAAGUUGUGAUGUGGGUGUAACGUGCAAUGAAAGAAUAGCUGAAAUCAUUUUGAGAGAGGGGGUAGAGAGCCCCUGUUACAAACCACAUUGCAGUGUUGCUUAGCUUGCCAAGGGGGGUGGGGGGGUGCAUUUUGCUGCAAAUUGAAUCCAGUAUCAGUGUUCAUUUGUUGAUGGAGAAAUACAUGCAUUCCCUCCUCCCUCGAACACACACACACACACACACCUCUGUGCAUAGAGGCCUAAAUAAGCCCAGAAAGAUCUAGGCAUAUGUAACAGGCCAUCACUGUGCUGCUGUUUCUUGGAUGGGUUCUGCAGAUCAAGUCCUGGUUGGUAUUUGGAUAUGGCACAGGGUGGGAGCAGAAAGAGGCCACUGUAGUGAAAGCAUGAAUAUACUUCCUAGCAUAGGGUUGGAAGACAGGAGAUCAGGACUUUAUUUCUGCUUCUGGCACAGCUUUCCUGUAAGGCCUUUGGCAAGCUACGUGAGUCUUCAUCCUUUAGAACCUGCAUACUGAGGGUCACCAGGAGACAAGGAAAUCCCUUUAUGAAAGGAGGCACCUCUCAAGUGUGGUAGUAGUAUGUCAACAGUGUUAAGCCUCUAACUUUUAAGCUUCUAAUUUUCUCCUCACCCAUCAAAUGGGGGAUGCUGCUGCUUCUCUCCUUCAGCUUCAGAUACUUUAGUGUUUAAUGUCAUUCAAGGUAGGUAGAGAUGGAUGGCAAGCUCUCAGAGUGCAAGGGUCUCACUGAAUCUCUGUGCACAAAUGCAAACAAGACUGCAAGCUUAGUCCAGGCCUGGACAGCAUAAAACAUCCUCUCCCCAUAGAUGGCAUGUACAAUUAGUGCAGACUGGUAGGAGUUACAAUGCUUGAUCAAAAAGGGAUGCUCUUUCCCAGAGCUGCUGCUUGGCCCAUUGCUGCAAGCUGGUUCUUCUCCUUGGUCUUGCAGGCAGUGUGAGUGACUGAGCAGCAGGAGCAGACACACGUGGAGGGCAAGGUCACAUUUUACUAAGGCUGCUUGUUCAGAUUUGUCGCUAGACUGGGAUGGAAAUUAGGAACUCACCCCCUUCUCCCCCGCAUUGGGCAGUUUUGUCCUCCAUUUUGCAUACAUAGACACUAGAGGGUGUAAAUGAGGGCAGAACUCAGUCCUAACAGGCAUCAUGAUAAAUAACUGUAUAGUGUAGCUAAAAAUGUAGUGCCAAAUGCCAUUGUCUGAUUUCCUAUCCUUCAUUCCCCUUCCACCUGUAAAUUCAUUUCUCACUCAAAAUGUACAAACCGCUCCCUCCACCAAAAAUCAAAACUCCAGCAAACCACUGAACAGUUUAUAAUUUUGUGGUGUAUUUUUUGUCAGUAGGUAGCAGAGACUGAAGUAUUUUUGGUGUAAUUCUUGAACUUUUCUGAUGGGAUAAAAUAAAGCUAGAUGUGACCGAG